AUAAAUAAAACGAGCGCCCCGUGAUUAUCGGUGGGAGGAGUUGCGUUUGUUUCUGUUUUUGGGGCACAAAUUGAAGCUUAACCGAAACAAGAACGGACAAAAUCAAGUCCCUAACCCAUUCAGGCGAACAAAUCGAGUAAAAAUGGCUUUAAGCAGCAAAUCUGCGGACGAAAUCAGCGAGCUGCUGGAUGAAUACGGGAUAAAACACGGACCUGUGGUCGACUCCACCAGAAGUCUGUACGAGAAGAAACUGAAAGAAGCCAUGGCCAAAGGAAAGAGAGCAAAACCAUCCAGUGACAAAACCUACUACAGAGAAGAGGAGGUCACGUAUGUUUACAGGACACCAGUCCGAAGUGAGGCUUCCAGAGACAGUGGGACGUACAUGAGGUCCAGACCGGAGUGGAGUGAGAGGGAAUAUGAACAGGAGACUUCCUACUCAGACUACUCCAGAUCCCGGCCGGAAUACAGAGGAAGAGACUUCGUUGAUGAACCGUACACGUACAGCUCGCCGUCCUCUUACAGAGAAUUCUAUUCGAGAUCGACACCCGUGAAAUCGGAUCAAGAAGCUCCAAAGUCGUCUCGCCUCGUCCCUCUGUGGGUUCAGCUGGUCUUCUUCCUGGCUGUGGCUGUCUUCCUUUACGUAGUUUUUUCCAGCAUGGAGACAAAUGAAUCUCUCAUAGGGUUAGAAUGAUUUGUUCUUAAGUUCAUGCUCAAAGCUGUUGUACUUUUAAGUGGAGGAAUGCAUCUUGGUUGUGGCUCUAUGUUUUAGACACUGAUGAAGGUGUGGUUCAUGCAUUCAUAGCUGCAGCUUUUUACACUUGCUUAUACUUGCCUGUGUUUUUAUUCUGUAAUUAAGGGAUUCAGUCCAUCACCUCUUCAUAAACACACUAAGUCCUUCUUACUCUCACCUGGAUAGCAGCUGUCUGUCCAUCCAGAUCUUUUUUUUGAGGUUAUUAUGCUGUAGUUGCACAUAAAAGACCCCCAGAUAUUAAACUAGAAUGUCUUAUAGUUAAAGACUUGAUGUUAAACACAUUAAAACAACAUAAACUGUAAUAAAAACCAUACGGUCCAACUGGUGAAGUAUCGAGAGCUUCAGCUGGUUCAUAGUCCGUCUGUAUGGGAGAAUUUGGGUUACACUUUUUUUUAUUUUUUUUACCUUAUGUGCAGUUUGUGAAGAACAAAUAUCCACUAAUUUCAUAUCAAAAUUGGACAGCAUACACACAUUUCUCACACCAUUGUCCAUAAUUUCUCCAUGUUGUAACUGGCUUUUAGUUUUUCGUUGUACUGCAAAUUCACUGAAAAAAGAACAACAAACAAAAGCACCUGUGUUUGUGGCAUCGAUCUGUAUCAAAAGAUCCUUUUUAGCGUCACAAAAAUGUCUUUUUUUCCCCAGUUAUAUUAUAAUAAUUUUGUUUAGAAGUCUGUUCCUCACUGUGUAUAAAGGUUUACCAAAUUCUUGUAGUUUCCAUAAAAGCAGUGCUUCCAUUCUUCUGUCGUUCGAUUCUUCAGACCAGCUUCAAGUGCCUCGGUGUUUUGGUGGGAACAAUCGGAAUAUAAUUGUUAUGGUUAUGAACUUUGAUCAGCAUUUCUGGGUGAAAAUGUGUUUUAAAAAGGAAAAAAAAACAAGUUCUAAUGCCACGCUUAAGUUUCAGUAGAAUUAAUUCAGACUUUUGUACGACAUAAUCCAACCUUUACCUCCCACAGAGUUUGUUUUUGUAUUGCCGUUUCAUAAUUAAAAAUAUGAAUGUAUGUGUGAACAUUUGAGGUUUCAAGUAAUUUAUUCAGCAACAAGAAUAUUUAAUAAAAAUGUAAUCACUACGAGUAUAAAAAUAAAUGAAGCACAUUCUG